CAGCAUUUGCAGCGAGUUCAAACAUUAUCAGUAGUGCAACAUGGACUGCACAAUCAGCACACUCCCCGUCCAGCCAACAACCGCAACGCAUCCAUGGCCGCUUGCGGCACACGAACACCGCUGAGGUGUCAAUCUACUGAGCUUUUUGAGAUGACAUUUUCGAUACUCAAUGUAACAGGUAAAUCGCAAUUUGAUCCUCCUUUUGUUUUCAGCGCAAACCACUUUUGCGCAAAUUCUACCGCCGUGCCUCUACUGAACUGUGUCUCUCUUCGUGCCGAAUAUCUUUGUGCACUUGGCUAAUAACGCGGUUGCUAUGCUUUGUUGGAAAUCGACCUCUUCGCGGCCAAUUAAACCCUGGCAACAAAGAAGAUGGACAGUGAUUUCUUCUCAUGUCCCGCAUGCGCUCUCUUUGAAAGUCUGGGACUCGACAAAGAAGUCCCGCUCCGGCUCGUACAAAAUGAUCACCGCAGGCGCCGGCUCAAAGCCACCAAACACUACCAGGCUCAAGCGCUCCUCCUACAACGUAUAGCCAUGCUCCCAAUCAAUGCAGGCAAUGUCGCCAGCAAGCCGAGUCUUGAUACAUCAUACUUCAGUUUCUCUGCCGAUGAGAACAUGCGAUCUCCGAGAACACCUACUUAUAUCCCAGAUACUCCAUCGCCGGAAUUCAUCGUGCCACUUGAUCACGCCAAGAUGAUCAUCGACUCAAGGUCUGACCUGUACGGCAGUACCGCGAAGUGGAGCCCACCGCCUGAAGAGCCGAUGGCCUGGGUUUGGAUAUGCCAUUUGUGUCAUUCACGAUAUUCACUCGGUGUAACACGGCGCUGUCUGAUUGACGGCCAUUAUUACUGCUCCGGCGAAACCGAUCGUCCGAGUCUUCGGAAAAAGAGGAAGAACAAGAGCUGUUCCAGCGAGUUCGACUAUGUGGCCUGGAAGGCCUGGGGAGAAUGGCGCCGAAAGGCUCUCCAGACCAUCAAGAACCCACGAGUGCCGCGGGGCUGCGAGAAUUGUGAAUUUCCAAGUCAAUGUCGAUACCCAUCGGAACCUCAGCAAACGAGCACAGCGAAAGUGGAUGAAUCUUCUUCUCAGGACCCGUCGCGGAAGGAUAGUAAAGACAAGGAACCAACUAUGAAAGCAGCCAUGGAGCCGACCUCCAACAAGAACAUCGACUUCGACCAGAUUCUGAGCAAUAUGUUCCACAAGGAGGAGAAUGUGAAAUCGAAGGGCUCGGAGGGACAAGACUGCGGCUCAACAUCUCGCAAGAAAGGCAGUUCGAAGAAGAAGACUUCGCAGAAAGGACUGAUUCCUUCACUGGAAGAAGAAAUGUCAAGGGAAACCGCAAGGCUGCGUGAGCUAGUAGGGAUGGAUUUGUGGAGUACGCUGCAGGAUGUUGAGCUUGGAAAAGCAAAGGUUGAAUAGUCCAGCUGUCUGGGUCAGAUGCGAAUGGAUAAUCAGAAAGUCCUUCUUGCCCUAAUGGUUCCUGAGGUGCAUGAGCCGCUGGAGCAUGUUUAGGUGUCUGUCUAUUAUCUACUUCCCAAGGAGUCCUCCCACAUAUUCGGCGAUAGCGAGCAUCUUUUCUUCUGUGAACCUCCUCCCG